ACACACACUAACGUGUAUACGAAACAAGUGACAGAUGCCAAUGGUCAUAGAAAUACGUAAGCUGCGAGUGCUGUCAUUCCGUCAACUGUUUCAGUGAUAUUGCAUUGGUAUUUAAUGAAAAGAAGAAAAAAAAAACUCCAACAAAAUACUUGAAUAUUUGGCCCAUUCGAUAGGCGGACGAUUCUAUCUUUACGACACAUUUGAUACCCACAUUUGAUAGAAUUUUGGAUGUAGUGCAGUUUUACGAUUUUGUUACGGCCACAAAAAUGCAUCGGAACCAGUGAAUUAUUUCGUGUUCGUUUUGCACGUUGUUUUUAUUUCAUUUCAUUUGUUUGUUGAAUCUUGUGUGUUUCUUGUCACGGUGCAAACAACGAAUCUACAUCCAAUCACACACAGUGUGUACACAACACAGUCGAGUGCUUCCAAGUGUUUGAAAAAUCGCCUGAAAAUCACGAAACACCUCACGAAAUUCAACAAGAAGAAAAAUGAUUCACCUAACAUCGCAAACGCUAACCGCAAAGGAAAUCAUACAGAAUGUAUUCUCACCGUUGAUCGGAGUCCUUUGUAGCCCGCAGGCCGAUGAACUGUGCUAUAAAAACAAUCUCUCGUUCGUUGAAUUGCUGCAACCAUUUAGCAAACUUACGAAUGAUGCUUACAUUCGUGAUGCGACGGGAGCAUCGACAUCGGUCAAGGGUAUUCGACUCAAUUUCUGUGAUGUUAAUUGGCGGCCACCACAAACGAUGGUCUCUCGCAAAAUGCUCACCGAUACGGUGACAUCGGCGCAAUCGACUAAAACCAAACCUAUUCAAAUUGACGAUCAAACCUUCAUCGACAUUCCCACUUCGGAGCCAUGGUUCGAACAAUGGCGCGAAAUCUUCUUAUCCAUUCAAUCACAAUCAGACCACGAAUUUACUAGACAUUUUUUAAGCUGUCUCAUCGUUUUAUCCACCAGUGAUCCCAAUUCUCUUGAAACAGCCCAUUUGCUAACGCGUAAAGUGCAAGUUAUGCAAAAUACAACGCCUCCAAAAGUGCCGAAAUGGUUUACACCCGAUGCAUUAAACUGUUAUGUUCUGUUGCAUGAUCCAAGUCAGGGCAAUGUCACCAGUGCCCAACAAGCGUUUGAAUCACUGAAAUUGACUUUUGGCGACAACAAAUGCUUUUUAGUACAAAUCAAUUCGCAACAAACGCCUUCAACCAAUGAUAUCAUCGAUCCGUGGCUCAAAUUUUUACGACGGCAACCCAAAAUGGAUGAAACAUCUGAAUCGGGAAGUGCACCAAAAACGCCACAGGAUGUAACCAGCCUAUCAUCAAUGCCAUUGACUGUACAAAUAUCAACACUAGAAACUCCACCAUCCGGUAUAAUUACCGAAGAAACGGUUGAUCAUCCGCUCAGUCCGUCACAGGAACAAGUGUCUGAUACGAUUCAUUCGAAAUUCUCAUCUAGUCUCGACAGUUUAUCAUCGCAAACACAGAUUGUGAAUCCGAAUGUGUGGGAAUCGGUUGCUGAUAUGAAACGUGGAAUUUACUUGACUGUCACUGAUAUCGACAAUCUAAAGCAUUUAGUACAGGAUUUUAGUAUACGUGCACUGAUUCCGUUCAUAGAACGACAAAUUAUUCUACUUAACGAUACAGUUUCGAACAAAAAAAGUGUAAGUCGUUCGCUGUUGAGUGCGACCAAACGGUUCUUUGCCACAAAACCAGGUGCUAGUUCGGCUAGUGAGAAUGUGGUGGUGUAUUCAAGCGAAUCAUCGCUUGAGCUACAAACCAGAAAACUCGGUGAUCUACUCUUUUUGUUCGGCAACUAUUCGCAAGCCUUUCAGCAUUAUCAUCAAGUGAAACGUGAUUUUCAAGUCGAUUCAGCGUGGCAAUACUAUGCUAGUGCAUUGGAAAUGGCUGGCCUAUCGGCAUUUUUAUCAAACACAACAAACGCAUCGAAUCAAAAGGCAUUUAGCUAUCUAGAAGAGGCGAUUUUAGUUUAUUUAAAUCAAUGCAAACUGCAAAAUCUCGCUAUACGAUGUACUCUAUUGAGUGUUGAAUUAUUAAAAUCGUCGCAGCUAUACACAGAAGGUGCCCGUCAAUUCAUUCGAAUGACUAGUACGGAUGCGGAUUUGAUGUCGGGUCUUUUGCUCGAGCAAUCUGCUUAUUUAUUUUUAAAGGCAAAUCCACGCCAAUUCAGGAAAUAUGCAUUUCAUGUGGUUCUAGCUGGUCAUCGAUACUCGAAGUCUGGCCAGCGAAAGCAUUCGUUCCGUUGUUAUCGUCAGGCGAAUCAAAUAUUUCAAAAUCGUGGAUGGGAUUUGGCGGAGAGUCAUAUCUUCUACACGCUUAGUAAACAAGCAAUAACACUGAAAAAAGUAGAUGAAGCAGUUACGGCUUUGGCGCAUCUUUUGCGACCAUCAAGCCUACAAAGUGCAGCUCAACAAGCUUCGUUCCUUAGCGAAUACAUUGCCACGCAGAAAAUGUUCUUGAAACAAUCAAACACCGAUACAUUGCUUGACAUUGGCUUGCCCAAAGUGGUGAAGACUUCGGUUCGUGUACUAAUUUCAUGUCCAUCACCAAUCACCGUUCCUAAUUUGGUUGCCGCUUCCAAUAUUAAUAUCAAUAUGAAUCAGAGUGAGGCUGCUGAUGAAUGGAAAUGGAAUAAACUGGAAUGGAUUGCCGCUCAAUCUGCAUCGAGCAAACCGAUUAUGAUUUUCAAGCCGAAUCGAUCAUUAUUUACAUAUCAAUUGCCGACCAGUGAUAGUCCGCUAAGCAUAAAAGGAGAACCAAUAGAAAUCAGUUUCGCAUUAGAAAACACCAUUAAACCGCCGAUCACAUUUGACGAUAUCAAUUUGCUAUGGACAUUUACAAAUCAAAAUGGCGAAGUAUUUACGAAUCGAAAUAUUUUCAAAAACGACGUUGACACCGAAGAUCGAAGCAGCAUUUAUAACAUUGUAGCGUCCACAUUCAUCAAACAGAUUAAAUUGAAUGAACACGAGAAAAAAGUGGUUGUAAUGAAAUUGACGCCACAUCAUAUCGGAAAUUUGGAUAUACAAGCAGUAGUUGGAAAAUUGGCCACAAAGGAGACAUCCAGUCUAUGGGGAAAAAUUGAUUUUGAGGCACCUGUAAUUAAACCAGAUGGACCAUCGGCAGCUGAUAAACCACCUCAAUAUGAUAAGAAAUUAAAUUUAGCAAUUUUACCACCAGCACCCGCUCUUCAUGUCAGCUUUACACAAAUAGCGACCGAAGUGUUGGCUGGCGAAAUUAUACCGAUCACCGUUUAUUUGACCAACGCUGGUGCCGAGUCAUUGAACGACAUUUGGGUAGUGGCCGAUGAACCGAGAUGGAUUUUAGGCGAAUUAAAUAGUCAAGAGUUACCAUUAUCACUUCUUAGAGAUUUUAGAGAUCUAACCAAUGAAGCGUUAAGUCGCGAUAGGGAGGCAUGUAAACAACAUGCAUUUAAAUUAUUCUCAGCAACUGGCGGCACUUUGCAGCCGAAGGAAGGUAAAACCGUUACGAUUUGGCUUCAGGCACCGUUCAAAAAGGGUCAAACAACGCUUAAACUUCUUUUCUACUACGGCACUCCUGAGCAUUACCCAAAACUUAGGUAUCGAUUGGUUCGCCACACCUGGAAUUUGAAUGUGAAUGAGUCAUUGAACGUGGACGCAACGUGUACGCUGAACAACGUCACAUCAGAUGAGCUUGGAAUUGAUUUUUACGUUAGAAACCAAAAUCAAGUCCAUCACGCUCUCGUUACGGAGAUUGUUUUGAGCGAUAUCAAACUCUUUUGUCCAGUUUACAAACUCAUUCCUGACAAUAUAAAAUAUCUUCAGAGUCCUGGUUACAGUCGUCUCAUCAAUGAAAACAAAGGAUUGCGACUCAAUGAAUCGAUUGGUUUUCGAUGUUUGCUCGAAAAGAACGAGAAACGAUUGAUGCCAGCGACGACACCAUCAGAUUUUAUACGUAAUCGCUUGUCAAGUCUUGUCAUCAAACCAAUAGCUAAUGUUGAUCGUGAUAUUCCUAGUGCAUCAAAUUUGGGCAGCUUCCUCAUGAAAAAUGAAACAAAAUUCAUAGGCGUUUUGAAGCAAGUGAAUAACAGCGAAGAGUUUAAUCAAAUCGUAUCGAUGGCCGAUCCACACAUGACGAUCGCUAUCACAUGGAGUGCAACGGUGAGCGAUAAUAAUUCGGCUCAACGAGACACAUUUGGUCAGCAUUUCGUUCAAUUGAGAAAUAUUUAUGAGACAAUGAGCUGUCCACCAGCCGCACCCGGAUUGCAACCGUUCAAUGAACACGACGAAAAGAUUCGAAUAUAUAGCGUUGAACAAAAUUUGCCAUCGUCAAAAUCAACAACUGGACAAGAAUACAUUCCAUGGGGUCCACGCGACGUAAAUGUGCUAAGCCGAUGCUUUUUAGAAGUCGAAGAAGAGCCUUCAGCUGGUGUGGCCGGCACCAGUGCCGUUAAUUAAUUUUAAGUCAAAAACAGAAAAAAACGAAAUAGUAAACAAAUUUCACUCUUCGAAUGAUCGACAGCCGAAAAGCAUUUUGUAUGGGAAGUACCGUUCUUGUUUGGUGUAAAUAAAAACAAAUUGAUUAAAUUUAAAA